CCUCCAUAGCAGAAAUAUAUUCUACCGCGUAGCAGCCUGUGGCAGAAUAAAUCAACUUUGAUUGAACAAACCAACACUUAACGUAUAUUGCAUUGAUUUGCUUUUAGUGACAUUAUUUAUAAACUCUAAGAUUUGCGGAAGAGAUCGGUACAUAUUUUGUACCGAUAUGAACUCCUGAUUUGGAGAGGAUCACAUUUUAAACACGACCUGACAGGACCUCCAUGAUGAACAGUCAAAAGAGAAACAGAACCCAUCGACCCAACACAAAUACUGGAAACAGGGUGACAAAAGCAAGAGGAAGCUUCGACAAGAAUGUGAUUAGUGAAGGAAUUUUUACAAACCCCAGAUUUACCUAUAUUGCAACCAGUCUUGUCGGAUGCUGUGUUCAGCUUCAGGUGAAGAAUGGGAAAUGCUACGAAGGAAUCCUAAAAACUUGUAGUCCAAAGAUGGACGUUGUAUUAGAAAUGGCCCAUAAAGUUGAUGACACUGGCAAUAAUAAUAUUCCUUCCAGAGAACUUGUACAAGAGAAGAUAAUAUUUAACUGUGGGGAUAUUUUAAUGAUAACAGCUGUUGAUGUAGAUUUAGAUUAUGCUGUAAAAGAUACAUUUACUGACACUGCAAUAACAAAACAGAACGGAGUUGCUGACAAAGAACUUCGUGAAUUGACUCCUUGGGAGCCGGAGGAAUCAGAAACUCAAGGUGGAGGUGGUCUACAUGAUGGGGGAGCAUCAAAUGGCUGGGAUGCAGAUGACAUGUUUUCAACAAAUGAAAGACAGUUUAAUGUUAAAUCAACAUAUGAUGAUUCUCUACAUCAAUACACGGUGCCUUUAGAAAAACGUGACACAAAAGAGUAUAGAGAGAAAGAAGAAAGAGCAGCUCUUUUAGCUCAAGAGAUAGAGAAGAGCGAUGGAUAUCGUCAGAGAACUGAUUUAGAAAACAAUGGUGAAGGUGACAAUGAAGAGUCCAAAUUUAGUGCAGUGGUUCGUCCUGAUAAUGCUGGUCCUAACCCUGGAAAAUAUGUUCCUCCAGGAAAGAGAAAUCAGUACAAUCAACAGAGAAACUUACGACAUGGUGCACCACCUAACCGAUUACCAGUACAUCAACCUCCUCCUCAACCGACCGCACCACGGCUUGCAGCUCAACAUUCUAGGGAGGAUUAUAAAGUUAAUGGUAAUGAUGUAAAAGAAGAAGUAAAGGUUGAAGAGAAAGAUAAUACUAGUCCAGUUCCUGACUCUGCUGGUCCUACAGAGUCUAUUCACACCUCACCGGUGUCUAAAAUUGAUAAGAAAAAUUCUACACCCAAGGCACAAAAUGCCUUAAUACAAGACUUAAAAGAUUUUAGUGUUAAUUUUAAGUUAUCUGAGGACUCUAAAGAAACAAAGAAAAGUCCUGAAAAAGUUGAAAAGACUGAACAGAAAGAAGAAUUAGAAGAAAAGACAAAAUCGCCACCCCCACCUGUUCCAACUACUUCUGCUGCACUUCCUGUAGUUGUCCCAGCUACCACUCUAGAUCCCCCACAGUCUAAAGAGGAACCAAAGCCAGAAACAAAUGAUAUUUUGAAGAACUCCAGCCUGAAUCCCCAUGCAAAAUCAUUUGUCUUGAAUCCUAAUGCAAAAUCUUUCCAACCGAAGCAGUAUCCCCAGCAGGUUCCCACACCACCACGACCACAAACACAGAGUCCAAUCAUACAACCGAUGCCUCCGGCAAUGGCACCAAUGUUCCAGCCAGUUAUCUUCCAAACUCAACUUGGUCAACAAAUGCAACAACAACAAAGACCACAGCCAAAACGAGACAAUGGUAAUAAAAGACCACCUCCUCAUGCAGCUGUGGUAUCUAUUCAUCCUCCCAGAACAGAUUUUACUGCAGCAGCAGCACAAGCAGCCACAGGGGCCCCACUGUUAGCGCACACCAAUUACUCAGCUGUGCAGUACACACCCUUUAUGAUGCCUCAACCAGCUAGUUAUCAAGUAGGUCAGGUGAUGCCUAUGCCUUCAGCCACACCAGCAGCAGGACCACGUAUGAUGACCCCACCAUCAGGGGCCACUAUGGAUAUGAGUCAACAGCCCUCAGGUCAUACGAUGUUCACUGUGGGACAACAUGGGCCAAUGCCAGCACAUAUACAACAUCAACCGUACCAUAACCCACAGCCUGCACACAUAGGACCACACCCGGGCCAACAGAAUCAACAGAAUCACCCAGCACCUAGUCCUGUUCAACAUGUUGUAACGUCAUCUCAGUCACAUCCGCCGACGUCAACACCUCAACCACAUAACCCUUAUCAACAGAUGUCGAUACAGGGUCAUCCGCCGUUACAGCCAAGUCCACAUAAUCCAGCAUCACCACAGACAGUACACAUGCCUGCUGUUCAGUAUCAGUUCCCGUUACAAAUGCAAGGAGCAAAUAACCAAGUGAUGUCACAGACACACCCACCCACGUCAGUGCCACACUCCAUACACUCACAUAUGCAACCACAGUUUGUGAUGAUGCCACAUCCGCAUAAUCAACACAAUCAACAGAAUCAACAGUUCCAGCCUCAUCAUAUAGGACAUGGACAAACCUCAAUGGUACAUCAAGCAGGAGUUCCAACUUUACAGAACACACAGCCAGGAACACAUCCACAGUUUAUCCCACAAGUUCCUCCUACACAAGGAGCACCACCUAGUAUACAGAACUUUCAACCAAACCAUUAACUUAUUUUACUUUGAUUAACAUUCAACAGAUUAUAAACAAGGAACCUAGAGAAAACAUUAUAAAGAGAAAUGAUGAUUCUAAACUCAAAAUGAAAAAACUGCUUCCUAAAAUACGUUUUAGACAACUUUUACACAGAUCAGUGAGAAAUAAUGUGAAAUCACUGAUGUGUGAUGUAAGAAGUUACAAGUAGACCCCACAUGGAUAAAUAAUGGUGUCUAUCAUGGAUGAAAAGUGAAAAAAUGUUUGCCAAGAUGCAUACAUGUGAUUUUAUCAGUGAGUCUGAGAGAUUUUGUAAGGAGAAAAAAGUAAAAAAAAACUUUAAAAAAAUAUUAAAAAAAAGAACUGAAAAA